AUGAGCACCUUAGCUCGGCCUCUUGGCGGCCCCGCUCGGCCACUGGCAGCAGUGAAGCAGGAGAAGCCGGGCUCGCCAGGUCUCAAACCCGACGUCUUGGCCGCGGUCCCCGAGGACGCCUCCGACUUGCCAGUCGAGCUUCCCAGGGCACUUCGCACAGUGGUGGAGACCUCCGAGUUCCAACAGCUUGUUGACAAGCUGGUCCAGCAGCACGCUCGAGAGCUUCAAGAAGCACGUGCUCGGACUCCUACAUCCUCGGGUCCUCCAGUGCAUAUGGCAUCUGCAGACUUUGGCUUGGCUUCGAAAGAUACCCUGAACUUUGGCAACCAGGCCAUGGAGCGCAUGCUGUCCCCGCUGUCGAACGCCUCGAACAUCUCGCAGUCCAGGCGACGGCAGUGCUCGAAUGGGGCUCGGGUCAACGCCAACAUGAUCCUCGAAGCCUGGGAGCGGCAGGAGUCGGAGGAUGACUCCUUGCUGGAAGUGGAGGCCCGAAUCUCAUCUGGGUACCGGCCCAGGGCGAACCCGAGAGCGAGAACGACGGAACAAGUGAAGAUGUCUGGAUGCGAAUGGCUUCGUGACCGUUGCGAAUCGUCAGCCUACGCUGCUUGUGCUUCGUUGCUGCUCUUGGCAAACCUUCUGUGGAGGGCAUGUACCCUGCAAAUCUGGGGCCAUAUUGCCGCCUACCAGCUUGGCUUGAGUCCUGGGAGUGUCGACAUCAGCGCAGAUGCUUGGAACACCCUGCUGAAAGUUGGGGAUGGCGGCUUUGCCAGCCUGUUCCUGAUGGACUUCCUAUUGCGGGCGGCCAUACUAAGACGCAGGUUUUGGCGAAGCUGGCUGAAUUUAGUGGAUGCGGCAGUUGGUAUCAUGUGCAUCGUGGAGAUCACGUGGCUGGUGCUCGAGGGCACGCCUUCUCGUGAUACUUCCUUCGUACAUGUGUUCUUCGUUGCCAGAAUCUCUCGAGCCGCAAGGCUGAUCAAGGAGACGGUUCAAUUCACCAAUCUGCAGCUCUUGGUGAAAUGUUUGAUCGCCAGCAAGGGCAUGUUGACCUGGUCCUUUAUGCUGCUCGCUGUGUUGCAGUUCAUGGCCGCAAUAUUCCUCGGCUUGCUUGUGGAGAACUACCUCUUGCACGAUAGUGCAGCUCCGGUGCAAGCGAAAGAAGAAGUAUUCAGAUAUUAUGGCACUUUCACUCGUACUUACUUGACGACAUUUGAGAUAAUGUUCGCAAACUGGGCCCCGUCGUGUCGCGUUCUCGUCGACAAUAUCAGCGAGUGGUUCACCGUCUUCUUCCUGGUCUACCGCUGCAUUUUUGGCUUCGCCGUGCUGAACGUCGUGUCUGCCGUGUUCAUUCAGCAAACGAUGAAAACCGCUUCGUCUGAUGAAGAGCUUGCUUUCCGUCAGAAGGAGAAGGACAUUAUGCUGUACAAUCGCAAGGUGAAGAAGCUCUUCCAGUCGAUCGACAGUUCGGGAGACGGCAACAUCAACUUGGAGGAGUUUGAGAAAUUGGUCCAGUCACCGAAGCUGCGCUUCUGGAUGGCACAGCUGGAGCUGGAGUACCAUGACUUGAUGAGCCUCUUCGAGUUUCUGGACAAUGGAGAUGGCAACAUCACGCUGGCCGAGUUCAUUGAGGGUGCUGGGCGUCUGCGUGGGACCGCCAAGGCUUUGGACAUCUGGCGCAUGGAGACGAAGAUUGAGGUGCUUUUCGAAGAGGUGUUGAAGAUACUGUCCACGCAUACAGAUGUAACGUCCCUGCGCGACGUGGUGGAAACCCAAGUUUCGAGUCCGAUGGAGAAGGUGACCAGUGUGGUGCAGGACGUUUUCAACAACUCCGCCUUCAAGCACAUCCGGACCACCAAGACAAGGGAGGACUUGGGCAAGAGUGAUCUUGAGAUGGAGAUUUGA